UAUCACAACGCAGGCGCCCACUUGCCGUAUACGCUCGUCUCUUUUUAUCUCUGGCUUUUUCCCUUGCUCAGUGCUCACUUUCAUCGUUCCGCCAAGACCUUGCUUAAAACCCUAGCUCUCGAUCAUACCGAUGAGAUCGCUUCUUCAGCUCAAACAUAGUUCGAACUCAGCGGGGAAUUUCUGAUCUCUGUCAUGACUGGGGGAUGCUCAGUGAACCUGGAAUUGGUUUGUAAACUAGAAGCUCACAGUUUGGUGGGUGGGUUGGAUGAGUUCUCGCCCUAAUGGUGAUGAAUCAAAUUCGCCGGAACGUACCGGCGAACCUCGCCCCACAAGUCAUGAAGAAGACGCUGAAGAUGUUGCUUGCCGGAAAACCGAGAAGACGAGUGAUAUAUGGCCGGUGGAAAAACCGAGAAGCCUGCGUAUCUUAUUCACUGACGCGGACGCGACGGAUUCGUCUUCCAGCGAUCGCGAGGGUGUCGGCCAUAUCAGGCGGCGGGCAAGGAGGCACGUGCACGAGAUAGAAUUUAAAUCGGUUCCGGUCAAUCGCCGGGUUCCAGCAAAAGGGCCAGCGACGGCGACGUGGGUGUCGCCGGAAGAUGGUUCCAUGAAGAGGUUCCGAGGGGUUCGCCGUCGUCCUUGGGGGAAAUGGGCGGCCGAAAUUAGGGAUCCUAACCAGAGGAAAAGGGUUUGGCUUGGCACUUUUAACUCGGCAGAGGAGGCUGCUACAGCUUACGACGUCGCUGCUGUGAGGCUUAAGGGCGAAAAUGCUGUGACGAACUUCCCGCACAGGAAGCUCUCGGAACGGCAGGUUCCCCCUGCAAAGAAGAGCGGAAAUGGCGCUGAUUCUGCCGGCGAAGUUCCUGAUGCUACCGCAUCUAUCUGUGAAAACGGAAGACCGCCUAAUGGGAUUCUGAAAAUUCCAGAUUGCUUGGGAUUUGGUCACGUUGUUCCAACUGGUAGUGAGAGUUCACUGAUGGACCGUGCCAGAAAGGAGCUGGAACAUAAUCUGAAGAAGGGUUACAAAGAGAAGAUCAUGGGCAUAAGAGAACGGUUUCUUCUUAAGAGAACAGCAGUGAGAGUAACUGGAGACACCGCCUCCCUUUUGAAAGCAUGGUGGCGGUCUCACUCUAAGUGGCCCUAUCCAACGGAGGAGGACAAGGCGAAAUUGGUCAAGGAAACUGGGUUGCAUUUGAAGGAGAUAAAUAACUGGUUUAUGACCCAAAGGAAUAGAAAUUGGCAUAAGCAUUCAUCCUCCACAGAGCUUAAAACCACAUGUAACGGAAGUAGUGCAGGCGAUGCUGCUCUGUUCUAAGGUGUAAUUUCUUUAGUUAAUUUCUGAGGAGCUCAAUGAACCCAAAGAAAGGAAACCUAAUGCUAGUAGGAUAACGUCAAAGUUUGGCUAGCUAGUCUGAGUGCUGAAGUUCAAUUGCUGUUUUGUGAACGGCUUAUGUUGCUGAAUAGCUAUUAAGGCAUGUAACAUUUCUGACCUUAAAGUGCUGUAACCUGGCUAUUGUUUUCACUGGGGUGAACUAAUUUGUGAGACCACCUUUCUUACACAAGGUUGAGUAUGCUAUAUGUACUUAGUUUCUAAAUUCUAUUAGUAACAGAUUAUGUUGCAUGAUCCGAAAGAAAACUGGAUUCACAUUUUCUCAGAACCACAUAAGCAAAUUCAACUGAUUUCCAGAUAAUCUGCUA